AUGGCCAUCAUUGGAGGAUUGGAUGCUCCUACUUCAUCCUACAUGAUGCAAACUAUAAAUAUCUUCAAGAUUCCACAGUUGACCUAUGGCUCUUUUGCCCAAGAAGAGUUUCAGUCUACUAAGUUAUCUUCACUUUACUGCAUGGUCCCAAAUGAGAACUAUCAAUACAUGGGAGUUAUACAACUUUUCCUCCAUUUUGGAUGGACGUGGAUCGGAGUCUUUACUUUUGAAACUAAGGGAGACCAUUUUUUGCGGAAAAUGCAGCUGUUGCUUUUACAGAACAGGAUCUGUGUAGCUUUCAUACAAAAAAUUCCAGAACAUAUCAACUUGGAAAACUUCCCGGAAUUAUUUGUUUCAAUCACAAUCACUUCUAAUAAAUUGAUAGAUCAGAAAGCAAGCGUUUUUCUUGUUUAUGGAGACUCACUCACAAUAGCGUGGCUCAGAACUGUCAUGGUUCUACACGAUCCUGAAAAUAAAGAGAGCACAUUGUUUCGGAAGGUUUGGAUCCUGAUGAACACGAUUGAUUUCAUAUUGACAGGAUUUCAAAGGAGCUGGGAUCUCCAGUUGUUCCAUGGGGCUCUUUCCUUUACAGUGCAUUCAAGAGAAGUUCCAGGCUUCACAGAGUUUCUUCAAGUCAUCAAACCUUCAACCCACAAAGAUGGAUUUCUUCAAGAGGUUUGGCAACAAUUAUUUGACUGUAUAUUUUCAAAGGCAAACUUACCUUCUACUCUCAGUGGAACUUGUAAUGGGGAAGAGAAUUUGGAGAAUUUACCUGCUCCUCUCUUUGAGUUGCAGAUGACUGGCCAAAGCUACAGUAUCUACAAUGCUGUUUAUGCAGUGGCACAUUCUUUGCAUGAGGCAGUGAGAUCAAGAACCCAAGCAAGAGAGAUUCAAAGAGUUGAAUUUCUGGAUCUGCAACCUUGGCAGGUUCUGCCUGUUUCUCUCUGUAAUGAUGCCUGCUCUCCAGGUUACUGGAAGAAAAGGGCUGAAGGGAAAGCAUUCUGUUGUUAUGAUUGUGUUCCGUGCCCAGAAGCCAAGAUUUCAAAUCAAGCUGAUAUGGAUGAUUGUUUUGAAUGUUCACAAGAUCAUUAUCCAAAUAAAGAAAAGAAAGGAUGCAUCCUGAAACCGGUCAUGUUUCUAACCUUUGAAGAAACGUUAGGACAUUCUUUAGCCUCAACUUCUGUUUGUUUCUUCCUCUUGACAUCUUGGGUACUUGGAACUUUUAUGAAGCAUAGGAAUACUCCCAUUGUCAAAGCCAACAACCGGUUCCUAACCUACACCCUUCUUGUCUCUCUUCAGAUCUGUUUUCUCUCCUCUUUGUUGUUCCUCAGCCAACCUGGCAAAGUGACCUGCCUUCUCCGACAACCAACUUUUGGCAUCACCUUCUCAGUGGCCAUUUCUAGUUUAUUGGCCAAAACCAUCACUGUGGUUGUGGCUUUCAUGGCCACUAAACCAGGAUCACAGAUGAGGAAGUGGGUGGGGAAAAGAUUGGCUUUUUGGGCUGUCUUUUCCUGUUCUCUCUGCCAAGUGUGUAUUUGUAUUCUUUGGUUGUCAACAUCACCUCCAUUCCCUGAGUUGGAUAUGCACUCAGAGCUCCAGGAAAUGAUUUUACAGUGCAACGAGGGGUCGGCUUCCUUCUUCUACUGUGUCUUGGGCUACAUGGGUAUCUUGGCGAUCGCCAGCUUUAUUGUAGCUUUUCUUGCCCGUAAAUUACCUGACAGCUUUAAUGAAGCCAAGUUCAUCACCUUCAGCAUGUUGGCCUUCUGCAGUGUGUGGAUCUCCUUCUUUCCAGCCUAUCUGAGCACAAAAGGCAAAGCCAUGGUAGCUGUGGAGGUCUUCUCCAUCUUGUCCUCCAGUGCUGCAUUACUGGGAUGCAUAUUCUUGCCAAAGUGCUUCAUCAUUGUUUUGAGGCCUGACCUCAACCACAGGGAGCAACUCAUAAAGCGAAAUUAG